AUGGCAAUGAGAGCUAGGCAAAAGAUCCGGGCUCCUAGAAGGGGCCCUACUGCGAACAAGACGGACGAUUUUGACUCCAACUGGAACAUUCUAUCCUCAGCCCUCAGACAAAUCCAUACCAAGAAUGCCUCCAACCUCUCGUUUGAACAGCUGUACCGCAAUGCCUACAACAUCGUGCUGAUGACCCGCGGGAACGACCUGUAUGGCCAUGUCCAAGGAUGGGAACAGCAAUGGCUGGAGGACGAGGUUCGGAAACGGGUAACAGCGGCAAUCUCUCCUGUGCUGCUGCUUGGAAAAGACCCGGCCGAUGUCCAAGAUCAAGCAAACGAGCGGAGGGCCGCAGGUGAAAAGUUUCUAGAGAUCAUGAGAGAGUUGUGGGAAGACCAUCAGCUCUGCAUGGGUAUGAUCACAGACGUUCUUAUGUACAUGGACCGCGUUGUCACGUCGGAUCACAAAAAGCCGUCGACUUAUGUGGCCGCAAUGGCGUUGUUCCGCGACUAUGUGCUGCAUUCUCCUAUUCGCGACGACUCUGACACGACGGUUGGUGAUGUGCUCAAAUCGACCAUCCUGUUCAUGAUCCACUUGGAGCGGUUUGGGCAUGUUAUCGACCGAGCGUUGAUCCGACAUUGCGUCUACAUGCUCGAAGGAUUAUAUGAGACGAUACAAGAAGAAGAGUCUAAAAAGCUGUACCUGACGAUGUUCGAGCCCGCGUUCCUGGAGACCAGCAAGAGGUUCUAUCACGAUGAAGGAAAGCGACUCUUGGAGACGGCAGAUGCCACCGUCUUCUGCAAACGUGCGCAGGAACGUAUUGCGGAAGAGCGGGAACGCUGUACGUACACUCUGUCACCUUUGACGGAGCCCAAGAUCAAGGAGGUGCUGGACAAUGAAUUGAUCCGGGCGCAUAUUUCUGAGGUGAUCAAUCUGGAAGGUACGGGUGUGAGGACUAUGAUCGACAACGAUCGCUUGGACGCGUUACACAGCAUAUAUGUCCUCAGUGCCCGCGUGGACAGCAAGAAGCCCCCUCUCACUGCUGCAGUACAAAAGCGGAUUGUAGAGAUUGGUCGAGAAAUCAACGCCUCGGCGAUUCAACAGGGACAGGCUCCUGUGGCGAAACCCGCGGAAAAGACGGCUGACGGGGCAAAGAAAGCAGUAGAGAAGGAGAAGCCGGUCAACCAACAGACAGCAUCUGCCAUCAAGUGGGUGGAUGACGUCCUCGCUCUGAAAACCAAAUUCGACAAGAUCUGGGAGAAGUCCUUCCAGUCAGAUCAGGUCAUGCAGAGUUCGAUUACGACUAGCUUUUCAGAGUUCAUCAACACGAAUACUCGGAGCUCGGAACACCUGUCCCUCUUCUUUGAUGAGAAUCUCAAAAAGGGCAUCAAGGGCAAAACGGAUGAUGAGGUCGAUGCCCUCCUGGAGAAUGGCAUCACCCUGCUUCGUUACAUCAAGGAUAAGGAUCUGUUUGAAGCUUACUACAAGAAGCAUCUGUCUAGACGUCUGCUUAUGAAGCGGUCAGUGAGCAUGGACGCGGAGCGACAGAUGAUCUCGAAGAUGAAGAUGGAGGUUGGAAAUCAGUUCACGCAACGCCUAGAGUCCAUGUUCAAGGAUAUGACGAUCUCGGAGGAUUUGACAACGAGCUACAAGAAACAUAUCCAGCAAUCUGGAGACCCCGACCAGAAGCGGGUGGAUCUGGACAUCAAUGUCCUCACUAGCACUAUGUGGCCCAUGGAAAUCAUGUCCAACACACGUGAUGACCAGGUCCAAUUGUCUUGUAUCUUCCCGAAGGAGAUUGACAGUGUGAGACAGAGCUUCGAGAAGUUCUAUCUGGACAAACACAGCGGCCGGAAAUUGUCAUGGCAGGCGAGUAUGGGCACGGCAGAUAUCCGGGCUACGUUCCACCGAUCAAACGGCAAGGUCCAGCGGCACGAGUUGAAUGUGUCGACUUAUGCCAUGGUCAUUCUGAUGCUCUUCAAUGAUGUGGAGUCCGGCGAGUCACUUACCUUUGAAGAGAUUUUGGAGCGGACUCGAAUCCCCGAUCACGAUCUAAAGCGCAACCUGCAAUCGCUCGCCGUUGCACCCAAAACCCGGGUCCUCAAAAAAGACCCCAUGAGCAAAGACGUCAAUCCCGGCGAUAAGUUCUUUUUCAACAACGAAUUCCAGAGCCCAUUCAUGAAGGUCCGCAUUGGUGUUGUCAGUGGAGGUGCCAGCAAGGUCGAAAACCAGGACCAGCGAAAGGAGACGGAGAAACGGAUGAACGACGAGCGCGGCGCCAGCAUCGAAGCGGCCGUCGUACGGAUUAUGAAACAGCGCAAGAAGCUGGUCCAUUCUCAGCUCAUGACCGAGGUCCUGAGUCAGCUCUCGUCUCGCUUUUCGCCUGACGUGAACAUGAUCAAAAAACGCAUCGAGAGCUUGAUUGACCGAGAAUAUCUUGAGCGAGUUCACGACGACCCCCCGACGUAUGGUUAUCUUGCUUGA